AUAGUAAAGCAUCUGAAUUUGUAAGAUAUCAACUUAAGACAACUACCAAUUGAUAGUUGAGGAUGUUGUAGAACCGCGCGUUUCUUCAUCACAAAGUAUAUACUAUUUGUAGAUCGAAAUUUCCUUUAUAAAAUCAAGGACUUUACUCUCCUUGAUGACAGGAAACUGUGUUGCGAAAAAUCCACAAAGCUUAUUUUGAAAAUGUUCUGCAGUAUGAGGUUUCUCAUGACAUUGGUUCUCUUCUUUUUCUUUGCUAAAUUUGAUGCAAUGAGAUAUGAUCAACAAGAUGAUGUAUCAGUAACGAUCACCGUCAGUAAGAAUGGUGGCGGAAAAUUUAGCACUGUACAACAAGCCAUUGAUUCCAUACCAUCAAAUAACGAAGGGUGGAUUCGGAUCCAGAUUCAGCAUGGUGUCUACCAUGAAAAGGUUACAAUCCCUCAGGACAAGCCAUUUGUUAUUCUUGAAGGAGACCCUAAUCAUCAAACAACGAUCGAAUUUGGAGCUUCUGGCAGUGUUGUUGAGAGUCCUACAUUCAAGGCAUUUGCAGAUAAUUUUGUGGCAAAAAAUAUAGUAUUCAAGAAUACAUAUGACCACCUUAUCACAUUUGAUCCGAAUAAUGGGAGAAAAACUACUUGGGCGCCUGCUGCUAAAAUUGCGGGAGACAAAGCAAGUUUCUAUAACUGCACUUUCAUCAGCUUGCAAGAUACACUGACUGAUUUCCAAGGUCGUCACUAUUUCUAUGGCUGCAAUAUUCAAGGUGCUAUAGACUUCAUAUGGGGAAAUGGCCAGUCAAUUUACGAGAAAUGUCGGAUAAUGGCUUUGAGCAAAAUAAUUGGCACUACUGGUUAUAUUACAGCUCAAGGUCGUGAAGGUCCAAAUGAAACUACUGGGUUUGUCUUCAAGGAUUGCCAUUUAUGUGGAUCAGGACGUAUACUUCUAGGUAGAGCAUACAGAACAUACGCAAGAGUAUUGUUUUCGGGGACGUAUAUGGAGAACAUUGUUGCACCUGAGGGUUGGUCAGAAUGGGAAGUCCGACCAGUGGAUACAAUCACAUUCUCAGAGGCGAAAUGCAGAGGACCUGGAGCAAACAUGUCUCAUAGGAUUUCCUGGGAGAAGAAGUUAUCGGAUGACGAAGUUGGAUAUUUAACAAAUACUUCUUCUUUUAUAAACCAAGAUGGAUGGUUGGAAAAGCAACCACAUUAAGCCCUUGUAUAAUCGCUUAGGCCUUUAACUAAACUAAAAACUUACAACACAAAGGCCCUUGUAUCAAUAAUCAAUCCUUGAACGAACAGAAUAAGUCUUUGCGAUCAAUAUAGCCUAUAUGGUUUGCUCUCAAAUUCAGUCACUGCUAAGUAUCCAAAUUAAGCAGCAUUUUGCUUGCUUCAGGUUUUGGAACCAAUAGGGCCAGAACCCUGAGCUGAAUAAUAACAUCCAUCCAUGGAGCUUCACACAGAUUAAGCAAUUGCAAAA